UCCACAACUAACAGGCUUCCUGUACGUGAAAUACUUUGAGUCACGUUGUAGGCACCGUAAUUUAAGGUCAGGUAACUAGUCAUUUCGGUGAGAGUAGCUACAGUUAGCGUCCGUGUGUGGUCACGUGAAUUAUGCUCCGCUUACGGUAGCUGGAGUAGAAGGCGACGUGUAACCACGGAAACAAAAACAGAGCGAACACACAUGUCAUGAGUUGUGUGUAAUGGCUGAUGUCCACGCGAUGACCAACACACGACCCAGUUUCUCCGAGCGUACGGCCGAAUCCCCUGAAAGCAGCAACAGGGGCCCGACUCCAUCCCCUCCCUGCUCCUCGGAUGUGUUGAGUUCUCCUCAGACUGGAUAUCCUCAGAAGGAAUUUAUUAUGAUGGCACCUGAAGAAAAGCUCAAAUACUUUGAUAGCCGAGCUCUGGCACGUGAGGACAACCAAGAGUUUGAAGCCUGCAUCCAGGACCUGGUGCGUUGUGUGGCUCUGUGUAGGCUGGUAUAUGGGGAUGGACAUCUGAAACUGGCCCAGGCCCAUGUCAGACUUGCUCAAGCAUAUUUCCAGUUCAAAGGCUGGGGACUGCAGGCCCGGGAGCACUCGGCUCUGGCCAGAGAGCUGCUGCCUUUCUGCCCCUCCAUCUCCUCCUGCAGAGAGGAAAAGCUUGAGGUUCUUCUGUGUCUCCUGAACGUACACCUCACACAGGGAGGCGCUUCACUGCUCACAGCCAAUCUUGAGGAGGCCGAAUCCUCUUUUCUGGAGGCAGAACAAGUUCUUGAGGAGCUUCAUCACCUCAGUGGCAUCAACCAGGAAGAAAAGAUGAAGACUGAGCUGGACAUCUCCAGUGGUCUAUUCAGGGUCUAUAGGAGACAGAACAGACCAGAGGAGGCCUUAAGCCAGUGUGAGAAGUCUCUGCAAUGGCUGGAGGACUGUGGUAAGCCAGAGAAGACGUGUUCGGUCUACAGAGACAUGGCCGCCAUCGAACAGGACAACGGCCAUGUGGACCGAGCCAUAGAGCAUCUCACCAAGGCCCAUGCCAUUGCUAUGACUCACAGCCCAGAGGAGCUCGAGGGGGCUCAGAUCUCCCACAGCCUGGCCCUUAUCCUUUCUGCUGCAGCACAGCCACAUCACAAUGGCUCUGCAGGUUGCUACUUUGAGGAGAGUCUAAGUGCAUAUAAAAACUCAGCAGGUCCACAAGAUCCGGCCUUUCUCACAGCCCAGGAUGAUUUCUGUCGUUUUCUCCUCCUCAGUGGCCAGCAAGAGAAAUGUGUGGAGAUCCAGAAAGCUUCUCUCGCUACAAAGAGAUCUACUUUUGGUGACUUGAGUGCUGAGGUAGCAGACACCCUUCAGCUUUUAGGAAGUGUGGAGAUGAGUGAGGGCAGACUGAAGCCGGCCCACAGGACCAUGAGAAAGUGCCUGGAGAUCCAGACUCUGUUGUACGGUCCUCAGCACAAGAAGACAAAAACUACACAAAAAGCAGCGGACAUGCUGGCGCGGGCACCAGAGGUGGCUGAGAGACAACACAGGCAAGGUAGAAGGAAAACAAAACGUCACACACUUGCUGGUGAACCCUGCAGUGGCAAUGAUGGAAACUCAAUGUCUGACUCUUGAAAUGGUCUUUUAUUAUUUUGCCACUACAAGAAUCUUGCAAGUUUGGACCAAUAGUUACUGGCAUUCAUGUUUUAAUGUAACCGCCUGCUCUGUUUGAUAAGGCUGUUCUUGAUUCACACUUAUUUUAUAUGAUCUUGUUUAAUUUUGUACAUUAGGUAAGAUUAGUCGGGUUGAAAAAAAUACUCAUACUUAGAAAAAAUGUAUUUUAAUUGUUUUAAGAUAUUAAGAAAUGUUCAAAGAAAUAAUGCCAUGUGUUCAAUAGAAAACAAUGUUAAUAAAAGCAAUAAAUUGGACUAGCCAUGAUGACCAAUA